GCGCGGGCUUGGCCGCCGCCCGUGCGGGGCGGGUUAAAGGGGCGGAGCCCGUGCCGGCCCCGCCCGGGCCUCCCCGCGGCAGCGAGCGCGGCGCCAUGGAGGCCACCGGGGUGCUGCCGUUCGUGCGCGGCGUGGACCUCAGCGGGAACGACUUUAAGGGCGGCUACUUCCCUGAGAAUGUCAAGGCCAUGACAAGUCUCCGAUGGCUGAAGCUGAAUCGCACCGGCCUCUGCUACCUGCCAGAGGAGCUGGGUGCCCUCCAGAAGCUGGAGCACUUGUCUGUGAGCCACAACCACCUGACCACACUUCACGGGGAGCUGUCCAGCCUGCCAUCUCUGCGGGCCAUUGUUGCCCGAGCCAACAGCCUGAAGAAUUCUGGAGUCCCGGAUGACAUCUUCAAGCUAGAUGACCUCUCGGUUCUGGAUCUGAGCUACAACCAGCUGACCGAGUGCCCACGGGAGCUGGAGAAUGCCAAGAACAUGUUGGUACUGAAUCUCAGUCACAACAGCAUUGACACCAUCCCCAACCAGCUGUUCAUCAACCUCACCGACCUGCUGUACCUGGACCUCAGCGAGAACCAGCUGGAGAGCCUGCCCCCCCAGAUGCGCCGCCUCGUGCACCUGCAGACGCUAGUGCUCAACGGGAACCCCCUGCUGCACGCUCAGCUCCGGCAGCUCCCGGCGCUGCUGGCCCUACAGACCCUGCACCUGCGGAACACCCAGCGCACACAGAGCAACCUGCCCACCAGCCUGGAGGGCCUGAGCAACCUGGCUGACGUGGACCUGUCAUGCAAUGACCUGACAAGGGUGCCUGAGUGCCUGUACACCCUCCCCAGCCUGCGUCGCCUCAACCUUAGCAGCAACCAGAUCACGGAGCUGUCGCUGUGCAUCGACCAGUGGGUGCACGUGGAGACCUUGAACCUGUCCCGCAACCAGCUCACCUCCUUGCCUUCGGCCAUUUGCAAGCUGGCCAAGCUGAAGAAGCUGUACUUGAACUCCAACAAGCUGGACUUUGAUGGACUGCCCUCAGGCAUCGGCAAGCUGGCCAGCCUGGAGGAGUUCAUGGCCGCCAACAACAACCUGGAGCUCAUCCCGGAGAGCCUCUGCAGGUGCACAAAGCUGAGGAAACUUGUCUUGACCAAGAACCGCCUGGUGACACUCCCCGAGGCCAUCCACUUCCUGACUGAGAUUCAGAUCCUGGACGUGAGGGAGAACCCGAACUUGGUCAUGCCGCCCAAGCCUGCCGACCACGCCGCUGAGUGGUACAACAUCGACUUCUCCCUGCAGAACCAACUGCGGCUGGCAGGGGCCUCACCCGCCACCGUGGCCGCUGCAGCAGCGGGCAGUGGGCCCAAGGACCCUCUGGCGCGGAAAAUGCGCCUGCGGAGGCGCAAGGACUCCGCCCAGGAUGACCAGGCCAAACAAGUGCUGAAGGGCAUGUCAGAAGUGGCCCAGGAGAAGAACAAACAGCAGGAGGAGAGCACCGAUGCCCGGGCCCCAGGGGGCAAAGCACGGCGCUGGGACCAGGGCCUGGAGAAGCCACGCCUCGACUACUCAGAGUUCUUCACGGAGGACGUGGGCCAGCUGCCCGGCCUGACCAUCUGGCAGAUCGAGAAUUUUGUGCCAGUGCUGGUGGAGGAAGCUUUCCACGGCAAGUUCUACGAAGCCGACUGCUACAUCGUGCUCAAGACCUUCCUGGAUGACAGCGGAGCUCUGAACUGGGAGAUCUACUACUGGAUCGGUGGGGAGGCCACGCUUGACAAGAAGGCUUGCUCGGCCAUCCACGCCGUCAACCUGCGCAACUACCUGGGCGCCGAGUGCCGCACCGUGCGGGAGGAGAUGGGGGACGAGAGCGAGGAGUUUCUGCAGGUGUUUGACAACGACAUCUCCUAUAUUGAGGGUGGAACCGCCAGCGGCUUUUACACUGUGGAGGACACACAUUAUGUCACCAGGAUGUACCGCGUCUACGGGAAGAAGAACAUCAAGUUGGAGCCUGUGCCUCUCAAGGGGGCCUCCCUAGACCCCAGGUUUGUUUUCCUGCUGGACCGAGGUCUGGACAUCUUUGUGUGGCGAGGGCUCCAGGCCACGCUGAGCAGCACCACCAAGGCCAGGCUCUUUGCAGAGAAAAUUAAUAAGAAUGAGCGGAAAGGGAAGGCAGAGAUCACACUGCUGGUGCAAGGCCAGGAGCCCUCAGAGUUCUGGGAGGCGCUAGGCGGAGAGCCUGCCGAGAUCAAGAAGCACGUGCCCGACGACUUCUGGCCACCCCAGCCCAAGCUGUACAAGGUGGGCCUCGGCCUGGGCUACCUGGAGCUCCCCCAGAUCAACUACAAGCUCUCUGUGGAGCAUAAGCUGCGGCCCAAGGUGGACCUGAUGCCGGGGAUGCGGCUGCUGCAGAGUCUGCUGGACACGCGCUGCGUGUAUAUCCUGGACUGCUGGUCCGAUGUGUUCAUCUGGCUUGGCCGCAAGUCCCCACGCCUGGUGCGCGCUGCUGCCCUCAAGCUGGGCCAGGAGCUGUGCGGGAUGCUGCACCGGCCGCGCCACGCGACUGUCAGCCGCAGCCUUGAGGGCACAGAGGCACAGGUGUUCAAGGCCAAGUUCAAAAAUUGGGAUGACGUGUUGACUGUGGACUACACGCGAAACGCGGAAGCUGUGCUACAGGGUCCGGGACUCGCCGGGAAGGUGAAGCGUGAUGCUGACAAGAAGGAUCAGAUGAAGGCUGACCUCACGGCGCUCUUCCUGCCCCGGCAGCCCCCUAUGCCGCUGGCUGAGGCCGAGCAGCUCAUGGAAGAGUGGAAUGAGGAUCUGGACGGCAUGGAGGGCUUCGUGCUCGAGGGCAAGAAGUUUGCGCGGCUGCCCGAGGAGGAGUUCGGCCACUUCUACACGCAGGACUGCUACGUUUUCCUCUGCAGGUACUGGGUUCCCGUGGAGUAUGAGGAGGAGGAGAAGAAGGAAGAGGAGGAAGAGAAGGCCAGGGCUGAGGGCAAGGAUGCGGAAGCGGCAGAGGCGGAAGAGAAGCAGCCCGAGGAGGAUUUCCAAUGCAUCGUGUACUUCUGGCAGGGCCGCGAGGCCUCCAACAUGGGCUGGCUCACCUUCACCUUCAGCCUGCAGAAGAAGUUCGAGAGUCUUUUCCCGGGCAAACUGGAGGUGGUGCGCAUGACGCAGCAGCAGGAGAACCCCAAGUUCCUGUCCCAUUUCAAGAGGAAGUUCAUCAUCCACCGGGGCAAGAGGAAGGCAGCCCAGGGCACCCUGCAGCCAAGCCUCUACCAGAUCCGCACCAACGGCAGUGCACUCUGCACCCGGUGCAUCCAGAUCAGCACUGAUUCCAGCUUCCUCAACUCCGAAUUCUGCUUCAUCCUCAAGGUGCCCUUUGAGAGCGAGGACAACCAGGGCAUUGUGUAUGCAUGGGUGGGCCGGGCCUCGGACCCCGACGAGGCCAAGCUGGCAGAGGACAUCCUGAACACCAUGUUUGACGCCUCCUAUAGCAAGCAGGUCAUUAACGAAGGAGAGGAGCCCGAGAACUUCUUCUGGGUGGGCAUCGGGGCCCAGAAGCCUUAUGACGACGACGCUGAGUACAUGAAGCAUACACGGCUCUUCAGGUGUUCCAAUGAGAAGGGCUACUUCGCCGUGACAGAGAAGUGCUCCGACUUCUGCCAAGAUGACCUAGCAGAUGAUGACAUCAUGUUGCUAGACAAUGGCCAGGAGGUGUACAUGUGGGUGGGGACCCAGACAAGCCAGGUGGAGAUCAAACUGAGUCUGAAAGCCUGCCAGGUCUACAUCCAGCACAUGAGAUCCAAAGAACAUGAAAAGCCCCGCCGCCUGCGCCUGGUCCGCAAGGGCAACGAGCAACACGCCUUCACCCGCUGCUUCCAUGCCUGGAGCACCUUCCGGAAGGCCCUGGCCUGAGGCGGGAG